CCUCGCUCUGCCUGGUCAGUUCUUAAUUGAUAAUUAAAGAAACAGGUUCACUUCGAUUUUUUCCUUUUUAAAUACUUGAAAAAUAUGGCAGAGUGUGUCAUCAUUAAAAAUAGAUUUAAAUUGCUUGAAAUUUUCACUUGCAACAUUAUACCCGCUUAAAUAAACAUAUGCGCAAUGUAAUGACUAAUUUAAAGUGGCAUUCGCAUCUUCAACUCAAAGCAGGAAGUCAUUUGGCUGACAAAACAAACAAAACCCACACAUACAUGCCGACUAUAUCUAUUCAUAUGUGUGUAUACUGUAUGUGUUUGUAUGCGGAUAUAUGCAGAAAUGUUUGCUCUUAGCCAGUUAGCCAAAAUUGUUACAACAUUAUUGGUUGUUGCAUCUUUUGGGUGGCAGGUAGUUUAUAAGCCAGGCGGCUGGUGGCAGCAGCAGCAACAUUUUGUUUUAUUUUUUGUUAUUGGAGUCGCGGCAUGCUUAACAAGUGAUCUUUGGCUUUUAUGGCACUUUUCCUGUUUGCCAUUCAAAUCUCAUAGUGUGAUGUAUGUUUUGUAUGUAUGCUAUGGUAUUUUAAACUACUGCCACUCGCUAUGAUUGCCGAUAAUAUUUUUUUUAUUGUAUUAUUAUUAUGCGAUUUUUUUCUUUUGCUUUUUAAUCUGUGGUCCGCUGCCACUUAUGUAAAAAAGAUUGUCAAUUGUGAGCGAAGAAUUCCAAGUAAUGCAACGAAGCGUGAUUUGUUGCAAAUUUUGAGGGGAGUAUAGUAACGGGAACAAAAUAAAAAAACGCUAAAAGCAAAAAAAAAAAAUUAAAAAUUGGUUUUCAAAAUUAAAAAAAAGCUUCGGAUAAACGCGAUCUAUAAAGUACAGGAUCACUUAUGACUCACAUACUUUCUUAAGAGUUUUAAUAAGUCAUCUAACUUCACUUUCUUUUUGUGCCGAUUAUUAGGCAAACCGAGGAAUGCUUAUAUAAUAUAUGUAUAUGCCGGGUCAGAGAUCAGAGUCUAAUGAUUACGAAACCAAAAACUGUAGUGUAUAGAUACAAUAUAAAAGCCUUUUGGUACGAAGAUCAGUAAACAUUAGAUACAAAACAAAUGAGCGCGGAACAGAAUAUAUAAUGCAAAAAUAAAAUACGUCUCUAAAGAUAGAGAUCAGGGACUAAAGUGCAAAAAAGCGACCUGCAGAAAUCAGAUGCUAUACAAAAAAAAAACGGUGAGACGAAGACGAAGGGGAAGAUUAGACUGCCGAAAUUACAGAUCUAGUAAAAACAGUCAAGUCCAUUUAGGUCAGCAAAGACCGUGGAUGUAGACCUGAUACUAGAGGUGAGAGAUAAAAGGUUAUACAAUAAACAAACGGCGAUCGGAGAUAAGAGAGUGAGAACCAAAUGCCAGUAACAGAGUUAAGAGAUAUAGAUUCAUAAGAGCAAAAUCAGAAGAAAUAACAGAAGCAUGGUAAAGCAUACCAGUCAGCGAAAACUCAAAAUCUCUCAAAUCACUAGAAUCCAGAGAUCAAAUAUUUCAGUACCAAACACUGAGCAUAAAACAAGUCAGUUAGUCAACGAAGGCGCGAGACAAUUGAGAUUAAAAAACUCUUAGACGUAAUUCAAAUGAACAGGCUUGUGAAUAAAGACCACUUUUGCCUAGAUGGUUUAAUAGUAGCACGCAGUGUUUGCAUUUCUUACCUCCUAAGUUAUACGAUUUCUUCAAAGAAAACUUAGACUCGCCCAAGCAAUCUUUUCACGACUCAUACAAUUUUUGUCGCACAUAUUUUCUACUAAUUUCCUUCACUUUAUUUCAGAUAAUGCUACUCGUAGCAUUGCUGUUUGCAAGCUCGCCAAUAGAUGGCGCUAAGAAUGGAAAAUCGAAGGGCACAAAUACGACACUAACAACCACAACUGCGGAUGUUGAGAGCAAGACGGUGUUGACGGAUAACGUGAGCAGCGACCGCAUAAUCAACAACGCAACAAAAAUCAACGAGAAGGCAAGCUAUCCGAAGAAAGUACACUCGCUGAAGAAGCGCCCUACGAAAACGCCGACAAGUUAUGUUACCGCGUCGGCAACGCAGAACUCGAAAAAUAAACGCAAGAAGGUGACCGAUGUGACGGCCGCUUUCAAGGAUCUGCCGGCGGACGAUCUUGAAUUCAUUAAUGAGCUGGAUAAACAAUUUCAGUUGCAUGGUGAGAAGAUCAAAAUUAAAGUGGAACACGAUAACAGUACGGAGUCGGAAAAACAGAAUAGCAAGCGCACCAUUGACGGCGAGUUGGGCUAUGGCGCAUACCACGCGCACAAUGGCUACCAGUAUGAGCGCCCCAAAUUCAUGUUCUAUCCCUACUCUCAGCAGAACAUACCAGUCGACGCGCCUGGCUAUUAUCCACCCAAGACUGAUGUCAGCAUCGAACCCUCCUACUCCUACGAAUUACAAUCGCAAAGCUAUGUGCAGAAACAUGGCGCACAGCAGCCACCAGAGGUGCUUGACGUGCCAAAGCAUGGCGCACAGGGCGGCUAUGAGGAGCCGGUAAUUGUUUUGCGUAUACCCGGACCUACGAAGUAUGCCUCACACUUGCAAACGCUGCUGCAGCAAUAUUUGGAGAUACGCGCCGCGCAAUAUCUGCGUAUAUUACAGGAAAAUGAGCUGCACAAGCAACAUCAGCAACAUACGCACCAACAUUUGGAACAGCAGCAGCAGCAGCAAGAACAUCUACUGCAACAAGAGCAUAUACUGCAGCAACAACAACAGCAGCACGCGCAACAACAGCAGCACGAGCAACAGGCGCAGCUUUAUGAACAGCAAGCGCUGAUACAACAUGGCGGCGUACCAGCGCAGCAAUACGCGGAACCCACACUUCAACUGCAACCACCAGCGCAUGAACAGCAUGUCGCACAGCAUGCACCAGCUGUUAAUGAGGAACACGGUUACUCGCCGGAAGUGACGUACGCGCAUCAAAUAGCGCCCACGCCACAAGCGGUUGUCUACUCGGAUGUCGAUGAGAUCUAUCAAGGCUACAAGGGUAAACUGCACGCGCCGCAGGCAGCGCUGCAACAACAACAACACCACGAGCAGCAACAGCAAGUGGAGUAUGUGCAGCAGCAGCACGAAGAAGCGCUAGAGCCACAACAGCUGCAACAUGGUCAACAAUAUUUCUUAAAAGCCGCGCCACCAUCAGCCAUUCAGCAAUACUAUUAUACACCAGGCACGCAAUUUGGCCCGCAUGGCAGUCAUCACUAUCAGAAUGUCUACUUCAUGGCAAUCGCACCACAAAGUGGUUAUACGACGCAUGCCGCACACGCUGCUGCGCUACAACACCAGCCCAUCUAUGUACAGGAGGAGGAGCAAGAACAGGAAUUGCAACAGCAACACCAUCAACACCAACAAGCGCAGCAUGAGCUAGCUGCCACAGCGCAUGGUGAAAAUAAUCCACGUCAAACGCACACCAAAGUGAUUUACACGCAAAACAGCGAGAAAGGCGCUGCGGACUUCACCGGCAGUUAUGCGUUGCCGUCAGUGCGUCCAUACGAGCGUCACGCCGCCGCUUCCGCGCCCGCUUACCAACACCAGCAGCAACUGCAAGAACAAUUGUUGCAUGAACACCAACAACAACAGCAACAUGAACAAUUGGAGCAGCAGCAACAAUUUGACUAUGAUGCGCCACUGCCGCUUGCCGCCUCAGAGCAAGAGCAUGCGCAUCAGCGUUCGGCCGCUAUUAAACCGGAGCCAUUCAAUUACCACGCGCAUGGCGCCAAAGCGUUGCGACGCGUAAAUCGUAAACGCGGUGCGCCAGCGUUGAAGAGCACCACCGCGGUCACAACCGAUGUGCAGGUAGAUGAGCAUUUGCAGAAAAUACGCAAAUUUGUGCGCGAAAAUUUGGGCGCUCAAAUGAGUACAGCGGUGGAGUUUAAAACCACAGCAUUGGUGAAGAGCUAAGUGGCGUUUCGAAGACGCUUGUACUAUGCUUAGCAAACGCAAGUGAACAAGUGAAACACUUGCAAUGAUUUUUCAAAUGCAUCUAACGUGUUGAGCUUCUUUUAACUCCGAAAUGUUCUACUUUCUUACUUACGAACUGGCGAAUGUUGGAACAAACGCUAAAUACAUUGAUGUUUUGAAAAAAUGAGUUGCAUGACAACAUUAAAAUACCCGAUCGAAUUUGGAACGUAAUCAGCAACAUUUCGGGGUAAAUGUUUUCUCUAAAACAAUUUCAAAAGCAAAAAAGAAUUUUUUGCAAAUAUCUUAAUAUUUUCUAUAUCUAUAUCUAUCUACAUCUUUGUGUACUUUCUAAAAAUCUUUUAUUUUAGUCUAAGUAAAAAUGUUUAACUUUGCAAAAUUCAAAUCGUAUCUACAUUUGCUUUUGCAAAUCAGUUUAAUUUCAUUUAUACACAAGAUUUUAUACGAUUCAAAAUGUUUUCUCAUAAAAUUUCUAUUUUUUAUAUAUAAAAAAUUAUG